CACGUGGCACUCCCGAUGCACAGUUCCGGUCGGUGCCGGCAGAUUGUGGACUCGCACGAGAAGCGCUGGUCCAGUUCGGAGCAGAGAGCCAUGGAACGAGCACUGGGGUUGCUGUUGUCGCUGCUGCUACUGCUGACUGCUGUCUCAGCGGGGUUUGCAGCUACCAAAGAGAAGAAACAUGGGCGAUCUCAACCAUCAGCCCUCCAGGCAACAGCCAGUGCCAACAACAAGUUCUCUCUCAGUCUCUAUAAGCUGCUUAAUGCUAACAGCACUGAAGGGAGCCUUGUAAUGUCACCAGUCAGCCUCCAGUUAGCUCUGGCAAUGACAUAUGUUGGUGCCAGAGGACGUACAGCUGAGCAGAUGGAAACAGUUUUGCAUCUACCUACAGACGAAGAUGCUGUCAAGACAGGUUUUCGACAGCUGUUGAGUUCUCUAAAGAGUUCUGGAAGUGUGAGCCUGGAGGUAGCCAACAGAAUGUACAUUCAAGCCACUUUCAAGGUUCUAAAAGAUUUCCGUAGAACGGUCAGGAAGACAUUUAGGUCAGAUACGAAGGAAGUAAAUUUUGUGGAAAAUCAUGAGAAGGCAAGAAGAAUCAUCAACAAUUGGGUAGAGAAAAGAACGAGGCACAAGAUAAAGCAGAUGAUUGGACCAGGAACGCUGAAUGCAAUGACCCGCCUAAUACUUGUGAAUGCUGUGCACUUCAAGGCUCGGUGGCUACAGCCUUUCAACAGUGAAGAUACUGAGAUGGGGAAGUUCCAUAUCAGCAGAAAUGAAGAAGUUGAUGUCCCAAUGAUGCACAUGAAGACAUUCUUCAGCUUCAAACAUUCAGACAGUUUGGGUGCAAAAAUAUUGGAACUUCAAUAUGAGGGUGAUACAGUGAGCAUGUUCAUACUGCUGCCUGACGAUCUGGAAGGCAUCUACAAUCUAGAGAGAGGCCUGCCUGCUGUUGACCUUUCCAGCACCUUCAAAGACAUGCAGCCAGAAGAGCUGAACAUCACACUGCCCAAGUUCAAAAUAGAAACGUCAUUGGACUUGAAGAGCAACCUAAUGGAGCUUGGAAUGAAGGACAUGUUUCUAAUGGAGUCUGCAGACUUCUCAGGCAUUACUGGCUCCCCAGAUCUUUAUGUGAGUGACGUUCUCCAAAAAGCCUUUCUGGAAGUUACAGAACUAGGGACUGAGGCUGGAGCUUCUUCUGCUGUCGUUGCUGAAGCUCGUUCAUGGAGACCACCUCCCCUGGAAUUUGUGGCAGAUCACCCAUUCUUGUUCAUAAUUUGGGAGAAGAGACUGAACACAACCCUCUUCAUGGGUAGAUUCUUGGGGCCAGAAUAGAGAUUGAGAGCUGCAGUGAUGUGAACUCCCACAAGUGCCACUGAACAGUAUGCAUCAAAGAAGUCAAACCUUGAACAAUUUCUCAUACCGUGUUUAGAAAUUACAUGUUUGUAUUGCAAUGAAUGUACUGCCUGUUGAAAUUUCAACAGGAAAUCAUGGCACCACAAAAGAGCCAACAUUUCAGGAACAAUAUAUCAAUAUUUAAAUCCAUACACCAGUUGUGACUCUACACAUAUGAGUAAAACCCCAUAAUUAAAUUCUGAUACUAAGUUAGGGCACAGUAAUAAAAAAAAUUGCAAUAUUCACUCUCCCUACAUGUCAUUGCAGUCAUAUAAAAUUGCAAAGAUCAUCUCUUGAAAUAAUAUAAACUGCUAACAGAUUCAUUCAAAAGAACUCUCUUUUGCCUUAGGACCCAGCUAUUCUGAAUUAAUAAAGGGUGGGAAAUUUAGUUACUGAGCCCAGAAGAGUUCUUAAAAUUCAUAAUUAUAAUGGAUCAGUGCUAUGCACAGGUUCUUUACACACCAAAACAGUAUUGCUUUUAACCACAGUGGAAAACAAAUCCUUGAGUAUCAGAACACAAGAGAAGUCACAGAAGUACAAAUUAACAUACUCAAAAUGGAACACAGGCUGAAGUAAACUCCUGUCUAUCAAAAAAUAAAAAUGUAAUACUCAAAACUCUGAUCCAAAUGAAAAAUAAAUUUGAAACAGUGAUUAGUCAUGUCUGAACCAAACCUGAAUCCUAAGUAAUUCAUUUUAAAAGGAUCAAGGACAUGGCCAACAGAAUAAAAAGGGGAAGGGAGAACAGAAUUGAGGGAAAAUGGAUACAGAAGAAUAUAUAGACUGCACCAAGGACAAACACAAACCAAGCAGAGAAGCAAGAAUGGAGGAGUGGAGCAGGGUAGAUGUCAUAAUGCAUAUCAAUGCAAUGUAGAAAUGUUUUAUUCCAUAUUUAUCCUUGAUUAUGAGAUGUGGUGAGCACUGGUUUUUUGCUUGGGUUACUCUUCAGUCACAAAGAUGGAGGCAGCAUGGUUCUCCAAAAUGUUGGUUGACGUUCCAAAGACUACAUGAUAUAAUAUUCCAGAAGACAGAACAAUUCAUAACUACCAAUGUGAGAACCUCAAGUCCUACGCUUAUAUUCCAGUUUAAGUCACUGGCAUAGACAUGCAUCCAUUCCAGUGUGAGGAUAUCUACUGUUUACUGCUGAAUGGACAUUGGACUUGGAUUUUAAUUAUGUCAUUGUAAUUACUGAUGUCUGUUUAAAUGUGUACAUUCACAAUUUUACUUCAAUAACAGUUCUGAUUAUACUGA